UGCUGAGCUUGGUAGUGGUUAUCACAUAUUAACACGUAUACCGGUGUCUAGUGAGGAGUGGGCUCAUAUAAACAUGUCCUGCCAAGGAGAUGGACUUUCAGCGCAGGGCUCCAGCUCAGUGGGACCGUGCACCUCCUCUUCCUCGGAGACGGAUACCAGGAAUGGAGAUGUAAUUACUGUUACCAUCGGAGCAACUGUGCCAGGGUUUGAACACACUGCUGCAGAGGAGGUCAAGGAGAAAAUUGGGGUGGAUGCACGAAUUAGCAAAGAUCGCGGUCGCAUAUACUUCCUAUAACUACUGACAAGCUUUCCAGGUAAGACUGAUUCCUUAUUGCAGGUUCAUCUUCUGAGGUCUGUAGACAACCUGUUCGUUGUGGUUGAGGAAUAUGAUCAUUACCAGUUUAAACAGUCAAAGGAGGACACAUUGAUGGAGCUGCAGCAGCUUGCCUAACUCCCCUGGACCAAUGCCCUAGAGGUUUGGAAACUAAAUGUAACGCUUAAAAAGAAGAAAGGCCACCAAGGAGGGAACACCACCAAAGUGAAAGCAAACAGGGAGGCAGCUGAUCUAGCUGCUGCUGCUGAGCAGCAAGAGCUACCUCAGGUGGCGUCUGGUGCUGAAGGCCAGUUGGAGGCGGAGAGCCCGGCUGACCUCGAGACCUGCGAACAGGACUCGCAAGAGGCGGCGCCCGAGGCCAAAGUCAUCAAGUUUCGUGUGACUUGUAACAGGGCCGGCGACAAACACAGCUUUUCCUCCAAUGAGGCAGCUCGAGACUUUGGGGGAGCUGUGCAGGAAUUCUUCCAGUGGAAAGCAGACAUGACAAAGUUUGACAUAGAGGUCUUACUAAACAUACACAAUGAGGAGAUGGUGAUUGGUAUUGCACUUACUGAGGAGAGUCUUCAUAGGAGAAACAUCAGUCACUUUGGACCCACUACCCUGCGUUCUACUUUGUGCUACGGCAUGCACAGGCUGUGUAAACCUCAGGCAUCUGAUGUAAUACUUGAUCCUAUGUGUGGGACCGGAGCUAUACCGUUGGAGGGUGCCAUUGAAUUCAACAGUUCAUUCUACAUUGCUGGUGACAACAAUGACAUGGCAGUUAACCGCACAGUCAAUAAUAUAUGUCACAUCCAGAAACGCAGGGCGGACAAAGGCAGAAUAUCUGGAUUGCCUAUUGACACAGUGCGGUGGGAUUUGUGCAACUUACCCAUAAGGACCAGCUCUGUUGAUAUUAUCAUCACUGAUAUGCCAUUCGGCAAGAGAAUGGGCUCAAAGAAGAAGAACUGGGAUCUGUACCCGUCAUGUCUCAGAGAAAUGGCUCGUGUAUGCAGACCAGGCUCAGGAAAGGCCGUCCUCUUAACGCAGGACAAGAAGUGCUUUGCCAAGGAUUUAUGUCAUCUCCAGGCUAUAUCGAGGAUGGGAGGGCUGUGGAGGAAGCUGCACACUGUUUGGGUCAAUGUCGGGGGUUUACAUGCUGGCGUCUACCUUCUCAAGCGGACCGGGGCUGUGUUUGGUCAAACUCCUGAGGAUGUCCAUGAUUCACGAGGAAUGGUUAACACGCAGGGGGAUGAAAAGGAAGACAAGGAACUCUACUGAUUUACAUUUGGCAUUUCAGUUCUGAAUUUAUUUUGAGGCCAUGUUAAAGUUACUUUAUUUAUAGUUACCUAUUGAAUGGAGUUUUUUUUUUGUUUGUUUUUUUUUUAAAUCAGGUUCUCUGAUCAAGCAUGCCAAGCAAUUUUACUGUGUCUUUAAUUUGGUAAGAAGCUGUCAUGAUCUGCAGGUUUGAUGUUCUCACACUGUUUUUCAAAGUUUGUUCAUCUGUCACAUCGCUGUUCAGAGUCCUACUGAAUGUUGGGGUUGUACCCCCUCAAAUGUGUCCACUAUACAGAAGCUGCACAUGGUCUCUUCAUUAAUAAAAGUUUG